GAUUUUUCCUCUCUAUAAAAGUGGGAGUUUCAUAAAAAUAAAACACCGGAGUAGAGAGGGAGAGAGAAAAUGGAUUUUGUCAAUCGCUUUCUUUCCUUUCUGUAAAAAAAUAUUCCUUAUUCGGUGCGGACUGUGGUGCAACAAGUUGCAGGGCAAGAAAAUAGAAACCCAAAUCUUUACCCGAAAAAAUAAGCAGUAGAAAGAAAACCCAGAAACAACAAAGAAAAUAGAAAACCCCAAAAAUAAUAAAUAUUGCAAGAAGAAUAUAUUAAAACAUUAAUGUAAUACACCUUCAAACGUCAAAACCCUCCACUCUUUGAUUUUCCGUACAUCUCUUUCUUCAGUUUUCAGUACUUCACUUUGCGUAGAGCUCCCUUCAGUCUCAUAUUUUUGUAUAUUCACAUGUAAAAAGAUUCGAUUUUUGUAAAUUCUCUCAGUCUUUCUCACUUAUCCAAUCUCUCUGUUUUUCGUUUUCAAUAUAUUAUAUAUUCUAUCUGGGUUUUCGAUAUUUCGUCGAGGGACACCGAAAUUGGCGGGAACCAACGGCCAAAUUCCGUGAUUCUGAGAACUGGGUUUGGGUCAGAUUCGGUGCUGGAAUUCAGAACUUUGUUAAUUUUCAAAUUUCAAGAAUUGUUUAUGGCUAAUCCAUCUGGGAACCACCAAGAACCGAGCCACGCCUCGUCGUCGUUCAACGGCACCAACCCAAGUAACGGAAACUCUGCGCCGGUGUCGGCACCGGAGAGUUCCGGUGCCGCCAUGGCCAUGAAACACAACCCGGGUAUUUCUAUGGAUUGGAGCGCAGAGGAGCAGGCAAUUCUUGACGACGGGCUCGCCAAAUAUUCAACAGAAUCAAACAUAAUCCGGUAUGCAAAGAUAGCUAUGCAGCUGCAGAAUAAGACUGUCCGAGAUGUGGCGUUGCGUUGCAGAUGGAUGACUAAAAAGGAAAACAGCAAGAGAAGGAAGGAAGAACAUAACUUAACAAGGAAAAGCAAAGAUAAAAAGGAGAGAGUAAUUGACACUUCAGCAAAGCCAUCUCACUUUGCUGGCCGGCCCAAUGUUGCUCCCUAUGCUCCCCCAAUGGUUACUAUGGACAAUGAUGAUGGCAUCUCAUACAAAGCCAUUGGUGGUAUUACAGGAGAGCUUCUGGAGCAAAAUGCACAAGCCCUGAAUCAAAUUUCUGCGAACCUUGCAGCUUUCCAGAUACAGGAGAACAUCAACCUCUUCUGCCAAACUCGAGAUAAUAUCCUCAAAAUUAUGAAUGACUUGAAUGACAUGCCAGACGUAAUGAAGCAGAUGCCACCGCUUCCAGUGAAAGUGAAUGAGGAGCUAGCAACCCAUGUGGGCAUCCCACCCCAUCAGAUGCAAUCAUGAUCUGCCUUCCGUAUUUUGGUCUUCGUUUUCAAAUGGGCUUCUUCCGAUCGGUACUCAAACCAACAUCCAGCCUCCCAAUGCGGCUGGAAUUUCUCAAACCAAAUCCUGACCUCCAGACAACAAAAUUGGAGUUGACCCACCUUUCUCAUCUCAAAAACUGCAGGGGAUCUAAUUGUUUAUGCAGAUGUCAGUUUUUCUUUUACCCUUAUGUUUUAGUAUUUCAUGCUUGGUUUAAUUUUUUCCUUUGCAUAGCUAGGCUAAGGCAUGGCUUAGCUGUCCUGUUGAAAGUAGGAAAUAAAAUUCUCUGUUAUUUUUUAUAUGUAUUGGGGAAUGAAAGAGUAAUCAUAAUUGCUUGAUUUCAUGUA